GGGUAAGACAUUUUCUGCUGCUGCUGCUUCUGCGGUAGAAGCUGCCGCGAGUAAGAGGAAGGAGGAUCAAGAGGGGAGGAGGCUUCAUUUGCAGCCAUGCUGAAUCACUGUUGCUGAUCAGAUCUCCCGCUGGUUGGCUGGGAGAACCGAGAACAGGGCUAGGAUCCUCCAGUGCAUGCACAGCUCAGCGGCUGCCACCCUGGCUGGGCCUCACACAAUGGACGGUGAAAGCAUCAAGCUGAGCUCCCAGCCCCCAAUACAGGCUGGGGAUGACGAAAAGAACCAGAGGACGAUCACUGUCAACCCUGCCCACAUGGGGAAGGCGUUCAAGGUUAUGAAUGAACUGCGGAGCAAACAGCUAUUGUGUGACGUGGUGAUUGUGGCAGAAGAUGUUGAGAUAGAAGCCCACCGUGUGGUCCUGGCAGCCUGCAGCCCCUACUUCUGUGCGAUGUUCACAGGUGACAUGUCUGAGAGUAAAGCCAAGAAGAUAGAAAUCAAGGAUGUGGAUGGGCAGACCCUGAGCAAGCUGAUUGACUACAUCUAUACGGCUGAGAUUGAGGUGACUGAAGAGAACGUCCAGGUGCUGCUCCCAGCAGCCAGCUUGCUGCAGCUCAUGGAUGUUCGCCAGAACUGCUGUGACUUCCUGCAAUCUCAGUUGCAUCCCACCAAUUGCCUGGGUAUCCGCGCAUUUGCAGACGUGCACACCUGUACCGACCUCCUGCAGCAGGCCAACGCUUAUGCAGAGCAGCACUUUCCAGAGGUGAUGCUGGGGGAAGAAUUUCUUAGCCUAAGUCUGGACCAGGUGUGCAGCUUGAUAUCCAGUGACAAGCUGACCGUUUCUUCAGAAGAGAAGGUGUUUGAAGCUGUGAUUUCAUGGAUCAAUUACGAGAAAGAAACCCGUUUGGAGCACAUGGCAAAGCUGAUGGAACACGUCCGUCUCCCUCUCUUACCAAGGGAUUACCUUGUCCAGACAGUUGAAGAAGAAGCUUUGAUAAAGAAUAACAACACCUGUAAGGACUUCCUCAUCGAGGCCAUGAAAUAUCAUCUGCUCCCUCUGGAUCAGAGGCUCUUGAUUAAAAACCCAAGGACCAAGCCCAGGACUCCAGUUAGCCUGCCCAAGGUCAUGAUCGUGGUUGGCGGCCAGGCACCCAAGGCCAUCCGCAGUGUGGAGUGCUAUGAUUUUGAGGAGGACCGGUGGGAUCAGAUUGCCGAGCUCCCCUCCAGGAGAUGCAGAGCAGGUGUGGUGUUCAUGGCUGGCCACGUGUAUGCCGUGGGCGGGUUCAAUGGUUCACUGCGUGUGCGGACAGUGGACGUGUAUGACGGGGUGAAAGACCAGUGGACGUCCAUCGCCAGCAUGCAGGAGCGCCGGAGCACGCUGGGAGCAGCUGUGCUCAACGACCUGCUCUACGCCGUCGGGGGCUUUGAUGGCAGUACUGGCCUGGCGUCGGUGGAAGCCUAUAGCUACAAGACCAACGAGUGGUUCUUCGUGGCCCCAAUGAACACACGGCGGAGCAGUGUGGGUGUGGGUGUCGUAGAGGGGAAGCUGUAUGCCGUUGGGGGUUAUGAUGGGGCUUCCCGCCAGUGCCUGAGCACCGUGGAGCAGUACAACCCAGCGACCAAUGAGUGGACAUACGUGGCAGACAUGAGCACUCGUCGCAGCGGCGCAGGGGUUGGGGUCCUCAGUGGGCAGCUGUACGCCACAGGUGGACACGAUGGGCCCUUGGUGAGGAAGAGUGUCGAGGUUUACGAUCCUGGAACAAACACCUGGAAGCAGGUGGCAGACAUGAACAUGUGCCGGCGCAAUGCAGGGGUCUGUGCAGUGAAUGGGCUCCUGUAUGUGGUUGGAGGGGAUGAUGGAUCCUGUAACCUGGCUUCGGUGGAAUACUACAAUCCUGUCACUGACAAGUGGACACUGCUGCCAAGCAACAUGAGCACAGGGCGGAGCUACGCAGGUGUUGCUGUGAUUCACAAGCCCUUGUGACCCCAACUCCCACUGCCAGGAGGUGGAGGAAGGGAGGGGUGCUGCCUGUGACUCGGCACAGUGGGACCACGCUGGCUGGGUGCCACUCGCUGCCGGAGUCUGCAGAGGAGCGGGGACCGCCCUCCUCCAACUUGGCAGUGUCGUCAGGGUGGGAAGACAGUACCCACCUCCUGCUCCCGCAAGGUGUUUCAUCUUCUGCCCUGAGCAGUGGGUUCCUGAUAGCUCCGGCUGCACCUUUGAGCGUUCUUUUGUGUGUUUCUACAGGGACAUCAGAGAACCUGGAACCUGUGUGUGUGUGUGUGUGUGUGUGUGUGUGUGUGUGUGUGUGCAGAAUGUGGUGAUUCACUAAAUUGGGGGGUGGUGAUGGUCUGCUCCAUUUCUAUACUACUGAUCCUUCCGCUAUGCUAAAAAUCAAAUCACAGAAACCUCUCUUAUGGAUUUGCCCCACGGGGACCUUGAGACUACUAGAGCUGCUGUCUACUGGAAGUGCAGUUGGACAUACCGGGAAUGUCCAGAAAUGACCAGGUGCAUGUACCGGCCUAGACUACUGGCAUUGUCUGCAGAAGAGUGGGGUGUUCUCGAAGCUGCCCCGUGUCCUCUGUGUGCUAGGACCACAAGUUCUUUAGCCCCUCAGCUGGGUACUCUUCCUUGUGUUCUCCUCCUGGAACUUCUUAUCAGAACUGCCCAGUCUCUGGGCUACUGGUCUUUGAGGUCAAGGAUUCCAGGUUUGGGAGAUUUCGUGUCUCUUCAGCUGGGAAAACUAGCUCUUCAGAGAAGCACUGAGUAACACACUGGAGGAAAAAAAUGCAUGAAAAACAAAAACACAAGAAAACAAAGUGGUAAGGCUUCAGUCCUUGUCCAUAGUGGUCCCAGAGAGGAUCCUACUUCUGGGUUUUCCUGGGAUAGGACAAUCCCUGUUUAUACUUAUUAUGCAGGUUUAAUUUUUCAGAGCAUCCCGUUUUACUCUCAAAAGUGUUCUGGUUUGGAGGCUAAGUAAAAGGUCACCAUAUGUCCAAACCCAAAGAUAGGUUUGUCCCUGCACUGGAUGGGGUCACGUGUGAUUUACAUGGACAUGGAUGACUUCAAAGGGGUGUAUGCUUGGCACCCUGGGCCUGGCCCUCGGCAGUCGGUCCAGUCUGUCUCACAUCCUUGUCUUCCUUUCCUUGUGCUCUCCCCCAUUCCUGGCCUGUACCCUCUCGCCAAUCCUCAGAGCACCCCCCUCCCACAUGGCAGUGGGCCCUGAAUGUGUGAUCUCUCUCAGGAGUACUUGCAUUUUGAGAGAGGAGCUUGAUGAAAGCUUUGCUAAUUCACGGGUAAAAAUGAUUAAUGACAGAAUUUCAGGCAUCCGGAGGAGGGAGGAGGGUAUUUGAGGGCUCAGGGAGUCAUCUGCAUUAAAAAAAAAAAAAAAAAAGAACCUUAAAGCUGUACUGUUCCUGAACUAGCAAGUUGCUUAUAUUGGAAUUUCCAGCAUAAAGAGGGGAAGUCUUGUGUCUGGAGAAGAGUCUCACAACUUGGGGGCUGGAAUUUACCCUUCCUGAUGUCAAGGUCCAUCUUUAGGGAGCCAAGGGGCUUUAUGAACUCUGAUGUUGGACUUCUCAUACAACUGGGCAACUUCCAAGCAGAUUUUGUAGGAGACUGUCAUUCUCCCCACUUCACCCUGAAGUUAUAAACCCAGGACUUUCCUCAGCGAGUUGGACACUUUGUGUAUUUACUGUAUAUUUAUGGUGCGUGAACCACUCAACUCCCCUGAAGGGGAAACAUCUUCUGAUGUUGAGCAGAUGUUACUUCAGUGAGACAUUUGGAGAAUACCAAGGUACCCAGAAUUUUUAGUAACCUUGGGCAGAGGCUGAAAUAUCCAGCUUUGGUGGACCUGGAAGAACAGCUCCAAAGGGAUCAAGACAUGCUGUUAGCUGGUUUGUUCUGCUCUUACCUGGCACGGAGGUGACUGUGGUCUCAAAGCUCUGCCUGCCUCUGGAUCGGAAGCUGAUGGAAUGCGCUUUCUGUUCCAAAUGUUCUUCCUCCCUCUCCGAGGAAGAUUUGGGACUUUGUUUCAGGGUGUGUGUGUGUGUGUGUGUGUGUGUGUGUGUGGGGAUGAGGUUGGGGUCUGAUGUAUGCCAUCACACAGCUUCUGAUUGCAGACGAAAGGUGAAGUUCCCCCCCAACACCUGGAAGCUGAACUUCCAGGCUUAUCAUGCUUAUGUGGGGGGAGGCUAUUGUUUGUGUGUCAUCUUCCCAGAAAGGAUCCCCUCCCUGAGAGCUAGCCAGCUGUGUUUCCUGCUUUUGGAUUUUUGCUAUUGACCCCACCUCACGUCUCCCUUCCCAGGAAGCACUGCCCCUGCUGGUAGUGCUGCUGAGGGCAUGUUCGUUUUAUCCUCAUGUGUCCUUUCUCACGGGGACUAGAACACUGGUACGUCAUCACCAAAUAGUCAAUCUGCUCUAGCUGCCCACAGAUGCCAUCCAAAACCUGCUGUCCCUUUAUCACCAGGUACAAUUCUCUCUCCACAGUGGGCACAACAGACUUAUUUUCAAGUCUGUGCUAGUCAUGUGGUAGGUGAACCCCCCUGCAUCCCCUCUUCUGGUGGCCACACCUGCUUGUGAAUGCAGCUUUGCCAGUGGGAUAUCUGAAGUCUGAUCACAGCGAUGAAAUGGAAUUGCAGCCCAAGGUUAGAAGCAGCUUAGACACCACUUGGAUUCUGAUUUGGACACCAGAGAAGUCAGACUCUGAAUUCCAAAGUUCUUUCUCAUAAGUACCCAAUGGCAUCUCUCCGUCUAAUAAGUUGCAGUAUUAUGCAAAUGAAAGUGACCUCAUUUUCUGCUAUGCAAUAAGAACACUUAAUUCUAUUUCAUGACAGACCAGUUGCAAUAUCCCCUAAGAUGCUUUUUGAGCUGUCUUACUUUGAUAUCUGUUGUAUAAUGUUUGUAUAUUCCUGAGCCAGAUCCUUUCAAAGAUUGCCUUUUUAUAAAACUGAAGCUACAGCUUUCAGGCUAAAAUUUUAAUGUAGAUAUUUUUAUAAAAUAAUUUUUCACGA